AUGGCGGAUUUCCUCAUCUCUCUCUUAAUCCUCUUCCUCUCCUUCAUCUCUCUCACUCUCUUCGUCCUCUUUUACAAGCACAAAUCCUUAUUCUCAUAUCCCAACACUCCUCCCGGCGCCAUUGGCCUUCCGAUCAUUGGCGAGAGCCUCGAGUUCUUAUCCACCGGCUGGAAAGGCGAGCCUGAGAAGUUCAUCUUUGAUCGUUUGAAUAAGUACAAGUCUGAUAUCUUCAAAACCUCCAUCGUCGGCGUUCCGGCCGCCAUUUUCUGCGGCCCUGCCUGCAACAAGUUCCUCUUCUCCAAUGAGAAUAAACUCGUUACUUCCUGGUGGCCGGAUUCCGUCAACAAGAUCUUCCCCGCUUCUACUGAGAUCAACUCAAAAGAGUCAGCUAUACGACUUAAGAAGCUCCUCCCGCGGUUCCUUAAACCGGAAGCGCUCCAGCGUUAUAUUGGAGUCAUGGACGAACUUGCUCAACGCCAUUUCGCUUCCUCCUGGGAGAACAGAGAACAAGUCCUCGUGUUUCCUCUAGCGAAAAGUUUCACAUUCUCGCUCGCGUGCCGAUUGUUCGUGAGCCUAGAGGAUCGUAUCCACGUCGAAAGAUUGUCGGAACCAUUCCAGAACAUUGCGGCAGGAAUCAUAUCGAUGCCGAUCGAUUUGCCAGGAACGCCGUUCAACCGAGCGAUUAAGGCGUCAAACUUCGUCAGAAAGGAACUACUCUCGAUCGUGAGGCAGAGGAAAUCGGAUCUGGCUGAAGGAAAGGCGUCGCCGACGCAGGACAUUCUGUCUCACAUGCUUCUCACCUGCGAUGAAAUCGGACAGUACAUGAACGAAUCUGCUAUCGCCGAUAACAUUCUCGGCUUGUUGAUAGGCGGCCAUGACACUACCAGUGCUGCAUGCACCUUCAUCGUUAAGUACCUCGCUGAGCUUCCUCAAAUCUACGAUAGCGUCUACAGAGAGCAAAUGGAAAUAGCAAAAGCAAAAGGCGCAGGGGAGUUAUUGAAGUGGGAAGACAUUCAGAAGAUGAAGUAUUCGUGGAACGUCGCCUGUGAGGUUCUAAGACUUGCUUCCCCACUUCAAGGUGCCUUUAGGGAACCCAUUAAUGACUUCGUUUUCAAUGGCUUCUACAUUCCCAAGGGCUGGAAGCUAUAUUGGAGUUCAAACUCAACACACAAAAACCAUGCGUACUUCCCAGAGCCCUACAAAUUUGAUCCAUCGAGAUUUGAGGGCAAUGGCCCUGCGCCCUACACCUUUGUGCCCUUCGGCGGAGGGCCAAGGAUGUGCCCUGGAAAAGAGUACGCCAAGCUCGAGAUUCUCGUCUUCAUGCACAAUUUGGUGAAGAGAUUCAAAUGGACAAAGCUCAUGGACAAGGAGAAGAUCAUUGUUGACCCAUUGCCAAUCCCUGAGAAAGGUCUGCCCGUUCGCCUUUUUCCUCAUAAAUAUCUCUCUCUUUAGCUAUUACCUUCCAU